CCCGGGGGCCUGGGGGCAGCGAGGGCGGGGGGCCCCGCCCUGGCCCGCUCUGGUCCCCAGAACGUCCCCAUCAGUUCUUCUCCCGCCAGGCCCUCGCCAGGGGGCCCCCAAUCACUGCUCCCCCAUAAGACCGCUCCAGAUAUCUCCCCAUCAACGCCCCCAUGUAGGACGGCUGCCAAGAUGUCCUUAUUCGUGGCGAUCUCCCAGACUGCUGCCAGGGCCCCCCACUAAUGCAUUCUCAUAGGAUCCUUUCUGGAUAGUCCCCCGUCAUUGCUUCCUCCAGGACAGCCCCCAACAUGCCACCAGCAUUGCCUGCCCCCCAUGCAGGGCAGCUACCCGUGAACCCUCCGUUAGCAUCCCCUAUAGGUUGCCUCCAAAGAAUGUUGCAUUAGUGCAACAGCCCCCCGUUAUCUCUGUCCACACAUAACAGCCUCCUAAAGCUCCUAACACCCCCCUCCGCAGAACACUCCCUUCCUUGGUGUAAAAAUUCUUUUCUGGUCAGCGGCCAACAAUGCCCUUUUUUCCUUCAGUCCCCUCAGUAAUUUCCCUUGAGAAUACCCCUUUCAGCCCCCCCGACCCUCCCCAAAGAACAGCUCCCUCUAGAGUUCUGCUCUCACACCCACAUCCUCUCCCCCUUCAGGUAGAAAUAGCUGCCUGUUUAGUCCCAGACUCCCAUGGACUAUUUCUGCCCCCCUCCUGCCGCACCCUUAUCUGGAUCAGCUCCUGUCUUCAGUCCAUCUCCCAGAGAACAGUGCCCCCACUGGGAGGCUUUCCCCCUCUUAAUUCUCCCUGGCCCUAACAACUCUCACCCUGACCUGCCACUUCUCACCCAGCUCUCCCUCCAUCCUCCUGGACAUGCUAGAGAAGACCCCCAGCUUCACUAGCACGUGACCUCUUUUUUCUCUAGGCAUUCAUUCAUUCACUCGUUCUUCAUUGAACUUAGUUCAGGCCAUACACCUGUGAAGGAGAGAGAGGCACCCAGUCUUCCAUCUUGUAGGGUUUUACAGUCUCAUUGAGGAGACAGAUCAAAAACAAGAAAAUAAACAAGAUAAAUGCCGUCUUCUGCGUUCUCCGAGAGCCUGAUGAGCAACUUCAGAGACGAAACCUGAGGUCUCCCGUCUCCCACCCCGCCCGAGAUGGAGGCAAACCCAGCGGGCAGCGGCGCCGGGGGUGGCGGGAGCAGCGGCAUAGGGGGCGAGGACGGGGUGCACUUCCAGAGCUACCCCUUCGACUUCCUGGAGUUCCUCAACCACCAGCGCUUCGAGCCCAUGGAGCUCUACGGGGAGCACGCGAAGGCGGUGGCGGCCCUGCCCUGCACCCCAGGGCCCCCGCCCCAGCCGCCGCCCCAGCCGCCGCCGCCGCAGUACGACUACCCGCCCCAGUCCACCUUCAAGCCCAAGGCGGAGGCGCCUUCCUCGUCGUCCUCGUCGUCGUCCUCGUCGUCGUCGUCGUCCUCCUCCUCGUCCUCUUCCCAAGCCAAGAAGCCCGACCCGCCCCUGCCACCCGCCUUCGGUGCCCCCCCGCCGCCCCUCUUUGACGCUGCCUUCCCCGCCCCGCAGUGGGGCAUCGUCGACCUCUCGGGACACCAGCACCUGUUUGGGAACCUGAAGCGCGGAGGGCCGGUGUCCGGGCCGGCGGUGACACAGGGGCUGGCCACUCCCGCCGGGACCCCCGCACCGCUUCCUGCCCCCUCGCAGACCCCCCCGGGACCUGCCGCAGGGGCGGCCUGCGACCCCACCAAGGACGACAAGGGCUACUUCCGAAGGCUGAAGUACCUGAUGGAGCGGCGCUUCCCCUGCGGCGUGUGCCAGAAGUCCUUCAAGCAGUCCUCGCACCUGGUGCAGCACAUGCUGGUGCACUCGGGCGAGAGGCCCUACGAGUGCGGCGUCUGCGGCCGCACCUACAACCACGUCUCCAGCCUCAUCCGCCACCGCCGCUGCCACAAGGACGUGCCGCCUGCUGCCGGGGGCCCGCCGCAGCCGGGCGCGCCCCUCCCGCCGCUGGGGCUCCCGGCGCCCGCCGCCAGCGCCCCCGCCGCCGCCCCCACCUCCGCGCCCUCGGGACCGCCCGCCACGCCCGCGGCGCCCGCCGCCUCGGCCGAUGCGAAUGCGGCCCCCGCCGCCCCAGCGGGUGUGGGGGCGCCCCCUCCGGUGGCGGGGGGCGGCGAGGGCCCCUUUGCCUGCCCGCUCUGCUGGAAGGUCUUCAAGAAGCCCAGCCACCUCCACCAGCACCAGAUCAUCCACACGGGCGAGAAGCCCUUCUCCUGCUCCGUGUGCAGCAAGAGCUUCAACCGCAGGGAGAGCCUCAAGCGGCACGUGAAGACGCACUCGGCCGACCUUCUGCGCCUGCCCUGCGGCAUCUGCGGUAAGGCCUUCCGCGACGCCGCCUACCUCCUCAAGCACCAGGCGGCCCACGCGGCGGCGGGGGCCGCGGGGCCUCGGCCCGUGUACCCCUGCGACCUGUGCGGCAAGUCCUACUCGGCGCCCCAGAGCCUGCUCCGGCACAAGGCCGCCCACGCCCCGCCCGCCGCCCCCGACGCGCCCAAGGACGGGGCGGCCUCGGUCCCGCAGCCCCCGCCCACCUUCCCCCCGGGCCCCUAUCUCCUGCCCCCCGACCCUCCCGCCACGGACAGCGAGAAGGCGGCGGCGGCCGCAGCGGCCGUCGUGUACGGUGCCGUGCCCGUCCCGCUCCUGGGGGCCCACCCGCUGCUGCUCGGCGGAGCGGGGACCAGCGGGGCCGGAGGCUCCGGCGCCAGCGUCCCGGGAAAGACGUUCUGCUGCGGCAUCUGCGGGCGCGGCUUCGGGCGCCGGGAGACCUUGAAGCGCCACGAGCGCAUCCACACCGGCGAGAAGCCGCACCAGUGCCCCGUGUGCGGGAAGCGCUUCCGCGAGUCCUUCCACCUGAGCAAGCACCACGUGGUGCACACUCGCGAGCGGCCCUACAAGUGCGAGUUGUGUGGCAAGGUCUUCGGCUACCCGCAGAGCCUCACCCGCCACCGCCAGGUGCACCGGCUCCAGCUGCCCUGCGCCCUGGCCGGGGCCGCCGGCCUCCCGGCCACCCAGGGGGCACCGGGAACCUGUGGCCCAGGCGGCUCGGCCACGUCCGCGGGCGCUGCCGAUGGACUGAGCUACGCGUGCUCGGAUUGUGGCGAGCACUUCCCGGAUCUCUUCCACGUCAUGAGCCACAAGGAGGCCCACAUGGCGGAGAAGCCCUACGGCUGCGACGCCUGCGGCAAGACCUUUGGCUUCAUUGAGAACCUCAUGUGGCACAAGCUGGUCCACCAGGCGGCCCCGGAGCGCCUGCUCCCGCCCACGCCCGGCGGUCCGCAGCCCCCGGAUGGCUCCAGCAGCACUGAUGCGGCCAGCGUGCUGGACAACGGGCUGGCGGGAGAGGUGGGGGCAGCCGUGGCGGCUCUGGCAGGGGUGUCUGGGGGCGAUGAUGCAAGCGGGGCAGCGGUGGCUGGGGGCGGCGGGGGUGCCAGCUCGGGCCCAGAGCGCUUCAGCUGUGCCACCUGCGGCCAGAGCUUCAAGCAUUUCUUGGGCCUGGUGACUCACAAGUACGUGCACCUGGUGCGGCGGACCCUGGGCUGCGGCCUCUGCGGCCAGAGCUUCGCGGGUGCCUACGACCUGCUCCUGCACCGCCGCAGCCACCGGCAGAAGCGGGGCUUCCGCUGCCCGGUGUGUGGCAAGCGCUUCUGGGAGGCGGCGCUGCUGAUGCGCCACCAGCGCUGCCACACGGAGCAGCGGCCCUACCGGUGUGGCGUGUGUGGCCGAGGCUUCCUGCGCUCCUGGUACCUGCGGCAGCACCGCGUGGUGCACACGGGCGAGCGGGCCUUCAAGUGCGGCGUGUGCGCCAAGCGCUUCGCGCAGUCAUCCAGCCUGGCGGAGCACCGCCGGCUGCACGCCGUGGCCCGGCCCCAGCGCUGCGGCGCCUGCGGCAAGACCUUCCGCUACCGCUCCAACCUGCUGGAGCACCAGCGGCUGCACCUGGGCGAGCGCGCCUACCGCUGCGAGCACUGCGGCAAAGGCUUCUUCUACUUGAGCUCCGUGCUGCGCCACCAGCGCGCGCACGAGCCGCCGCGGCCCGAGCUCCGCUGCCCCGCCUGCCUCAAGGCCUUCAAGGAUCCCGGCUACUUCCGCAAGCACCUGGCGGCCCACCAGGGCGGCCGGCCCUUCCGCUGCUCCUCGUGUGGCGAGGGCUUCGCCAACACCUAUGGUCUCAAGAAACACCGCCUGGCGCACAAGGCCGAAGGCCUCGGGGGGCCUGGAGCGGGGGCGGGCACCUUGGCCGGGAAGGAUGCCUGACCCGGGGGUCUCCCAUCCGCCACUCCAGUCAGAUGUCCCCUUCGGGACUGGCCUCUCCCCGGGCGGCUGGUCAGAUUCCUCCCCCUCCUCGUUGUUGCCCCGUCCGUCCUUCAGACCUUCGGACAGACUAGCCUCCUUCAAGGCGCACGCCGUACAAACUCAAGACUGAAUCACUCCUUUCCUGGACCUCUCUGGCCCUCUUCUCAUCCCACCAGACACUGAAGUUGAUCCUCCGUCCACCCCCGUUUUGUCACCCUCAUCGGCCCCCCGCCCCCACAGCAUUCUGUCCCCAAUAAGCCUCGGUGGAGAUGGGUCUGAACUGCCCCUCCCCCUUCUUUUGGGCUCUGGCCAGACAGUGGAAUAUGAGCGGAGUGGAGAGAGCACGAGGGGUGACAGGGUGCUCUUUUGGAUUGUCGGGGUGGGGGGGGGGGCGGGGCGGCAGACGCGGCUUGUACAGAGCGGAGAAUAAUAAAUCUUAUCAACAGGGCCGCUGGAGUUCUUUCUUGCAUCCCAGGGAGAGGGGAUUAAGUGCUGGCAAAUGGAAGGUUGAGAACCUUUGUUUCUCUAGGAUUUUGAUUCCCUGGCGCCGCGCGCCUCACCCUCAGGCUCUCUACUUUUCCUCAUUCACGUGGUAUUUACUGAGGAUUUGCCACAUCCAAGCUGUAGUCUGUGAGUUGGGCAAAUGGGGGAUGAACAAGACAGGUAAGUUUCUGCUCUCAGGAACUGGCAACGUGCCUGGAUUCCUUACCCUUCAAGUUGCUUUCAGCAUUCGUUUACUCGGCCCCUUUUCCCCACAAAGUCCCCUGUCUGCGGGGGCCUUUGCUGGAUGCUGGGGAAAUGUGACUUGUACACCCUCCGGCCCUCAGGAGGAUGGAAGAGAACUGGUGAGCUAUUGCUAUGUGGAAGCCUUGGGUGGACUCCCGUUUGUGAUAAAGCUCACUCGCUUGUGCCUCCAGGAUGAUUUGGGGUUGCUUCAAAAGCCCUCAUUUUGGUUCUGGCAACAGUGACAUCUACACCCUGCGAUGUGUGUUUAGUUAUCUCAUUUGUCAGAGGAUGAGGCUGAGCUUCUGGAGAAGAAAGAGGCUCCGAGGACACCUAGCAAAUCCCCGGUGGGACCAAGACUGCAGUCCCCGGCUGUCUUACGCUGAAACCUGAAGACAGAGCCGGUUCAGGGGGCGCUGCCUGGGAGAGUCCAGUUUGACCCACGAGGGCGGCAACCCAGUGUGGCCACCAUGCUCUGAUGCUGAAGACAGCAUGAGACAGACCUCGUGCCAGUGCCCCAGGGCUCAAAAGUCACAUGGAUGUGGAGCACCACACUCCAAAGGACGUGAGAGCACAGGGGAGGCACCUCAUCAGACUAGAGGGUGAAGAGCCUCCCGCAGGAGGAGUCACGCCUGAACGAUGACGUAAAGCCACAGGCGCUUACCAGGUAAAGCAGGCAGAGAACUCCAGGUGGAGGGUUUGGUGAGUCUGACUAAACCCAGCUAUUCCAGAGAGUUUCAAACAGAUUGGUAUGGCUGGAGAGGUGGGGGUGUGGGAGGCUGGAUUCUGAAGGGCCUUGAGUUCCAAAUGGCAGAACUUGGAUGAUCUCAUAGGCCAGAGGUGGGAAGCUGGCAGCUACCAGGCUGGGUCCAAGCCGCUAACACAUUUUGUUUAGCCUGUGCAUUAAAAAAUAAUAAUAAUAAAGUUUGACUUAGUUGCCAACAUUUGAAAAUCAAAAGAUUUUACAUAAUGUGAACUAAUGCAACUUCUGAAAAAUUGGGAAGAUCUA